UGCUGUCACUGCUGUGGAGGUGCUUUCGGUGGCUAGAACGUUUGCCUCCUCACUGGUCUAACCCUCUCCGUUGGUUGUGUUGCUGGAUGCUGUCGGGAAGAAGAAUGGUCAGGAAGUCCCUGGUGGCCGGGCUGCUGGCGGUGCUUGUGAUGGCGGCGGGCCUGCUCCUGGGCCUGCUUCUGGGGAUGGGGAAGAGGGAGCGCACCGCUCCCAACGACCACUUCUAUUCCAAGGCCGCCGUGGCAGCCGACGCUGGCACAUGCUCAGAAGUGGGGAGAGACAUCCUGAAGAGGAACGGCUCGGCGGUGGACGCUGCCAUCGCCUCCCUGCUCUGCGUGGGGCUCCUGAACGCCCACAGCAUGGGCAUCGGCGGGGGGCUGUUCUUCGUCAUACACAAUGCCUCCACCGGUAAAACCGAGACCAUCGACGCCAGAGAGACAGCGCCGAUGAAGGCCACUGAAGAUAUGUUCGGCAAUGACACCCAGCUCUCUCAUAAAGGCGGAUUGUCCAUCGCCAUUCCGGGGGAGAUCCGCGGCUACGAGAUGGCACACAAGAGGCAUGGCAGGCUGCCCUGGAGGGAGCUGUUCCAGCCCAGCAUAGCCCUGGCCCGCGACGGCUUCCCCGUCGGAAAGGCCCUGGCACACGCCAUCUUCAAAAGCAAAGAGUCCAUUCAGCAAGACGGCACCCUGUGCGACGUGUUUUGUGACUCUGAGAGAAACAUCCUGAAAGAAAACGACAUUCUUCGCUUCCCCAAACUGGCGGACACGUACGAGCGGAUCGCGGACGGGGGGGCCGACGUCUUCUACAGCGGCUCCCUGGCCCGCAGCAUCGUGGACGAUGUCCAGCAAGCAGGCGGCAUCAUCACGUUGGAGGACUUGUUGCAGUACCGGCCUGUGCUGAAUGAGAGUCCCCAGAAGCUCAACGUGGGGGACUACACCAUGCAGGUCCCAGACGCACCCUCCAGCGGCCCCGUGCUGGCCCUCAUCCUCAACAUCCUAGAUGGGUAUAACUUCACGGGGAGGAGCGUCUCGACGGCGGAGAAGAAGACCCUGACCUACCACCGCAUCCUUGAAGCAUUUCGCUUCGCUUACGCCAAGAGGAGCAAACUGGGCGACCCGCGCUACCUGAACAUCACAGAUCUGAUCCACAACAUGACGUCGGACUACUUUGGCGAUGGCAUUAGGAGCCGGAUCACAGACGACACCACGCACCCUGACAGCUACUACGACCCAGAGUACUUCGUCCCUGACAACCACGGGACGGCCCAUCUGUCCGUCAUCGCUGAGGACGGCAGCGCGGUGGCGGUCACUAGCACCAUUAACUUUUACUUUGGUUCAAAGGUCAUGUCCAAGACCACCGGGAUUAUCUUCAACGACGAGAUGGAUGACUUUGGCUCCCCGCACAUAACCAACGGCUUUGGUGUCCCCCCAUCACCAAGCAAUUUCAUCCAACCAGGCAAGAGGCCGCUCUCCUCCAUGUGUCCAUCCAUCAUCUUCGAUAAAGACAACAAAGUUAAAAUGGUGGUUGGAGCUUCCGGGGGAACAAAGAUCACCACAGCCACUGCCUUAGUGAUCCUGAAUUCGCUGUUCUUCAACUACGACCUGAAGAGAGCCGUCACAGAACCCAGAGUCCACAACCAGCUCAACCCCAACAUAACGGUGGUGGAGCAGGGCUUCGAGGAGAGCGUCCUGGAGGGGCUGACCCUGAAGAACCACGUGACGGAGCUGCAGCCCGUCCCCGACUCGGUGGUGCAGGCGGUGGUGCGGCAGGGGGACCGCCUCUGUGCCGAGUCCGACCCCAGGAAGGGCGGCUACCCGGCGGGGUACUGAGAGGCACGCCCGGUGCAGCUGUGGAUCUGUGCUGUCGGGACGGGACGGGACAGGACGGGACGAGACGGGGGGACAGGACGCUUCGACAGCCUCAGAGGGACACCAGCGACUUGUUAAGCUAUGGACACAGCCAAUGUUGUUUGAGUUGAACCUCUUUUAAGUCAAAUAUGGAGAAACAGAUUUCCUCUUUUUUGAUUCCUCUCUUGAAAAUUUUACUCCAAAUUCAAAAGCAAUCUAAAUCAUUUAUGCCUGAUGGUGAACUGAUGGCGACCAAAACUGGGAUCAUCAUUGCCGUGCUGAGUCAUCAUUGCCGCGCUGCGUCGCGCUCAACAUGGACCGUCUGCCCCCUCGUCAGCGUCUGACCCCCCCCCACCCUGCGGUGACGUUAGCCCUGGUUGCUGAUGGGAGCGAGAAGUCGUCUCUCAAAUUGAAGAGCUUUAAAAUAUAUAUUUAUAUAUAGACCGAUAUAAACACAAUAAACUGUGUUUCUUGUGCCUGAGGCACAUCGCCAUGCACGCAGAUUAUGGCUGGAGUCGCAAUAGCUUGAUUCGCUAUGAUUCGGUCAUUCCCAUAACUUUGUUGCCUUUAAAAGGUUAUUGAAGGUUUAGAUAGAAGCGCACCGCAGUGACUUUUGUUUGACAACGCUAACAAAACAAAAUAGCUUGUUGAAAUAGGACAGCUUUCUGAAGACUGGACAUGGGAUAAUAUGAAAGAUUCUCUAACGAAUUAUCUUAAAUAAAUCUCUCAAUGAGAUAUUGAGAAUAGGAAGCAAAAGGGGGGGGGGGGGUAUUAAAGGUCAAACUAAUUCAUCAUCGCGGAUAUCAUGUUCUGUGGUCGGUCUGUCUGAAACAAAUCUACGAAAUUAAAUGUCUCUUAAACUAAUCAAUGGAAAAAUCUGAUAUUAAUGUGAUUUACUAUAGUAAUAUAAAAUGCAAUCAGACUUUAUAUUUAAGCAAGCAAUUGUGCACAGAUGUAUUGAUGGAGACAGGUUCUUAUCAUCCAAAAUAUUCCAGUAGAGGACAUAAUAGUUAUUAACAUUAUAGACAUUAUAGAGUCCAUCUGUCCUAUCAACAGUUCGCUCUUUUCCCAAACAAGAAUCGCCAAAACGAAUCUAGUGGGGGGAGUUGGCUCUUGGUUCAUACAAAAAAAUGUGGACAUGUAAACUAUUAAGACACUUCAGUUUGUCCUGAAAUUGGCUAUAUUAACAAUUAUAUCUAAAAUAAGUUGUUCAGAACAAUUCUGCAACCCGCCGCUCUGUGUCAUAUUUCAUAAACUCAACAGAUGAUUAUUUUGUUUCCAUGGAUCUGCAUUGAGUGUUGUGGCAGCCUGAACAGAUUUAUGUCAAUGUUUAAUACUGAGUAGAGGUUAGGUGAUGUAAAGUGUAUCUUGAAUAUAUACAUUUGCACAUAUAUUUUUAUAAACAUGCAUUGUUCAACCAUGCUGGUUAUUAAACAUUUAAAUAUA